ACAUUCCCCGUUUAGUUCUAGAGCGAGCUGCAGCCGAAACCCUUGCCAGGGUUUGAAUAGAGGUGCUCAUCCAGCGACAGCUGUUAUUGGACUUGUAAUCUUUUUGAAAAUCCAAAACACCAAGAUGCAACAUUCCGCCAGCAUUUGAAUAAAUAAGAAAUUACAGUCCUGGACAAACCGCUUGUUCACGACAGCAGCACAAUUAAGCGAUGACUAGCUAGUUUAGGUACACCACUGGCAUUAUUUCUAUAUUAAUAUUGCCAUUGUCCAAGCUUCAAAAGAAAAUACCGCAAAGCCUCUAAAGCCAGACUGGAGACCAUGAGAGCUAAAUGAACGCAAACUAAAGCGGAUCGGUGAAAGCUCGGUGUCGGAAAGGAAGGAACAUCCCGUCAAAUGGAGGAUCUGUACAAGGAUGCUCAGGCCAGCCUGCCCCUGGACAUGGCCAGCUCCCCGACUGCAGUUAGCACCGCCAGCGGCAAGCUUGAAAAUGGAAUGACCCAGCUCAUCACAGCCGAGGCCUGGAACAUUAACCCCACUGGCAUGAUGAAGAAACCCCUGACCCCGCUUGUGACGGUGCCAGCUCCUCCCAUGGUGACCCCUUCAGUUGAGUCUCCCACUGGGGUGGCCCUGAAAGUGGCUGCUACCGUCCUCCAACCCAUCUGCCUUGGAGAAAGUCCAGUGAUGCUGCCCAUUCACCUGCAGGUAGCAGGAAGCGCCACUCCUCAAAUGAACCCUGCUGGCAACACUCCAUACGUCAUGACUAGCCAAGGGCCCAUUCCACUGCCACUUGUUCUGGAGCAGCAUGUGUUUCAGCACUUAAACUCUCCCAUGUUGUCUCAGGGCUCUUCUUGUCCCACCAUAUCCUUACAAAACAAUGUUUUGUGUCAGAACUCUUCCCUCUCUUUCAGCCAUGCACCUCCACUGGACCAGAAGUCUUCUAGCCAAGCACAAGAGCCCGGGAUCCUGCCUUUAUUCCAGAAUCCAGGCUUUACCACCAUUCUCCAGGAUCUGUUCCCAUCUCAGAGCAACCUGGGUCCGUCAGUUUGCCAUUCGGCCGGCUCGGCUCCCACAGACGGUUUCUCUUCAAACUUUUUCCCACCACCGCCUAGCCAGGCGUAUAGUUCCCCCCUGUCCCCACUGGUGCCUCCUCCCACCCUCCUCGUCCCCUAUCCCGUCAUCGUUCCCCUUCCAGUUCCCAUUCCCAUUCCCAUCCCCAUUCCCAUCCCACAGAGCACCGAAUCUAAGGGAUUCACAGACUCACCUAAAUCGGUCUGCACUUUGACCAAAAGCACCCAAACUGCUAAAGAAGCUUGGAGUCCCCAGCACCUGCAAACCAGUGUUGUGACCCACAUAAGCCAGCUAGCAGUCUCUACAACACUACCACCCAAUGAAGGGGAAGCACUCGAUCUCUCCAUCAAAGCCCUGCCUUUGCCAACAAAACAGGAAGUUCCUUACCAGCAAGACAGUGUCCUGGAUCUCUCAAUGAGUCAUGUCAGGAAACAGGGUGUACCCAUGUCUCAUUCGGACACCAGCAAAGACCCUCUCAUAUCUUUGGUAGAGCGCCCAACUCGCUCUGGGGACGAAUCAUCCAGUGCUGCAUUCACUUUAGAUGUCCCACGGCUAAACAAGGGUUUUCAGAAAGUGACUUCAUUUGAGUUUAGCAAACAGCACAAGUGGCUGGUGGACCCCAACAGUAACAGACCUGGCUGUGACCCCAAGUGUGGUGGAAGCAACAUAGAAAUUGUCAGCACGUCCCAGACAGCCAAGGUCAUUGUAGCGGUCAAAGAUGCUGUUCCCGCUAUAUUCUGUGGGAAGAUCAAGGGACUAUCUGGGGUGUCCACCAAGAACUUUUCUUUCAAACGAGACAGUCCUCAGGAGGCCAUGCUGCAGCAGUGUUACGACGCCAAGACCCAAGCCGAGCAGCGAGAUGGCAACGACCCUCUGAAAAAACCACUGAAAAACAGGGGCAUCAAAUUAAAGAAAAUAAACUCACAGGAGAUACAUAUCCUUCCUAUUAAAAAGCAGCGCUUGGCUGCAUUUUUCCCAAGGAAAUGAAGUACCCACUGUAGGCUUGGGUAAAUUUAGCUGGUGUUGCUUUGACAACGGUUUUUAUCCUGUUCAUGAAUUUUAGUAAACAAAACAAUAUGUAAGAAAGAAAGAUCCCUGAGUCAGGACACAGUCUCGUAAUUGUUAUUAAGAUAUCCAAGGAGAAACCUGCGCCUGCGAUUGCUAAGCUAUUAGAUUCAAAGAACAACUCAUAAUUAAAGAUGUGUGUUCACAAACUGUGGCCUUGAGUGUACCUAACCCACUGUAUCCUAAACACUAAAACUGUAGGCGCAUAAAUAUUGAUGCAUCAUGAAUAUUCAGUGCUUCACAAAUACAUCAUGAAUAUGUAUUGCCACGAUUGGCCAUACAAAUAUUAUCCGCUCCACACACACAUGUAUUCUCUAGUUCCUAGAAGACUAGUUGUAAGAGUGAUGUUAUCUUGUUUUUAUGAUAAAUGAUAAAAGCAUUUCCAAUGAGUAGGGGUGUACCGAGUUUCACAUUUUCAGAGUAAUUACUAUUGAGAACUUAAGUUGUUAGGUACUGAUUCAAUGGAAUAAAACAUGUUAAUUACUCAACACAAAACAAUUUGAUCCCUUGGUUUCCACAAUUAUUGAAUAUAAAUCAAUAACAAUCUGGCAGUGUUAUUUAAUAUAGAUGAACCUAAACUCAUUUAUAUUUUUAAGCGAUUAUUUUUCUUACCUUUCUUUUAUGCUUUUGAAUGUAAUCGUUUUUAUUUCACUUACCUUAGAAAUGCAUCAUCUGAAUUGUGGGAUUGUAGUCCUAGGCAAGAUGUAACCUCUGGUUAAACUCAACAAAGAAAUACAUAUCCCAGUUUCCACAGCAGUAGUUCUUGAGUUUGGGUUAAGGAGUGGUAACAUUUCUGUAACGAAUCAGUUGCUUUUACUAAUUUUGCAACAUAUUUUCAUUGCCAGUUUGCAGCCUCGGUUCAGUAGU